AAAUAAACGUUGGAAAAGAUAUGAUCGUUAGUUAUUCAAAUCAAAAUGCCUUAUUCUAAACUAAAUACAUUGAUUAAAAAUCCUGAUUUAGAACCAUUACGAGAAAGUGAUUUAUCAGAAUUGUGGAAUCAAAAAAAAACUGAAGCAUGGCUGAAAGUUGGUCUUGCUUUAAAAUUGUGUAAUAGAAAUUUUGUAACAGAGAGUGAUUACAUAGAUUUCAUUUACGAUGAUUGUAGAAGUAUUUUGGCUCCAUUAACAAAACUAAUUGAUAAACAUGUUGAUCCGGUAUGUAAAAAAUCUAAAUCUUUCGCGGAAACCUUCCGUGUGGAGGGAAAUAAUGCAUACAAAGAAAAAAAUUUUGAAUUGAGUUUUUAUUUGUAUACUAAUAGUAUUGCAAAUGCUCCUGUAGGAGAAUGCGCUGCCUUGGCAUAUGGGAACAGAUCAGCAGUAUCAUUCGAAAUAUAUAAGUUUCAAGAUUGCAUUAAAGACAUACAUAAAAGUUUAGAAAAUGAUUAUCCGGUACAUUUACGGUAUAAAAUAUUUUUGAGGUUGGCACAAUGCUACAGGCAUUUAGGAAAUAUAGAGAAAUGUAUUGAAGCAUUACGUGAAUUGGAAGAAAAUCUGAAAUAUGCCACCUUUAAACUUGAUUCCAUUAAAGAACAUUAUGAGAAUUCAUUGCGAGAAUUAACUCAGUCAUUAGACAAUGGUCAUUUUACCAGUGAAGUAUAUGGUACUGAAUCCAUAAAGGAUGAUGAAUUAUGCGUUCCAACACCAGCAUAUGGAACAAGUAAAGAUAUUCCUGGAGCUUCAUCCGCACUUUCUAUCCAUGAAAAUGCCGAACUAGGGCGAUAUGUUGUUGCAAAUGCAAAUAUAAAAGCUGGUGAUAUUUUAUUUGUUGAAGAGCCAUAUUGUUUAGUUUCAUCUUGUAUUAACAAAGCAAAAAUGUGCUCAUAUUGUAAUGCCCACGAUAAAAUAUUAAUUUCACCGUGUGAAAAUUGUGUUCGAAUGUAUUGUUCUGAUGAUUGUCGUGAUAAAGCCUGGAAUGAUUAUCAUCGCUGGGAAUGUAAUGGUAUAUUAAAUACAUUCGAGGAACAAAUUGGUGUGGGACAUCUUGCAUUCCGCAUAUUAUUUAAAGGUGCACAAGUAAAUUAUGAUAUAAAAAAUGAUAAUGACUAUAAACCAGUUUAUAAUUUGGUUACUAAUUUGGAUAAAAUGGACCUUGAUGAUGUUGGAGUUUAUGUAGUGAUGUCCGUAACAUUAGUAUACUAUUUAAAGACCAAAACAAAUUUUUUUGAUUGGUAUACAAAGAAAUCAAAUAUGAAAAAAGAAUUAAUAUCCAGAUUUUUGUCUACACUUGCUUUUAGACAUCUAUGUCAAUUACAAUGUAACGCACAUGGUGAACAAUUUGAUUUUGAAGGCGAAAGAUGCCAUAGAAGCGGAAUCUAUCCUUCAUCUUGUUUAAUGAAUCAUUCGUGUGAUUCGAAUAUCGUUAAUGAUUACUUUAAUUCAGUAUUGAUUGUACGAGCGUCAAGAAAUAUAAAGAAAGGCGAGGAAGUAUCAAAUUCAUACGGUUAUAGUUAUAGAACACAUUUAACAGCUGAAAGACAGAAGUCCUUAAAAGAGCAGUAUUAUUUUGAUUGUAGAUGUGAAGCAUGUACUAGAGACGAUUUGAAAAUUUAUUACCAAUUGCAUCAUGCAAUAAAAUGUCCAGAGUGUGCUAGCAAAUUAAUUGAUAUUGAACAAAAUGGUAAUUAUAAGUGUAUUGAUUGCCAGUAUACAUUACCACCAGAUUCAUUUUUGUUAUCGAAAUACGAAAAAGCUUGUUUACGUGAUAUUUCAUAUUUAAAAAAAAAUAGUGCGGUAAAAGCUAUAAAUUUAUUAAAAGACUGUGCCUAUGAAGAUAGUUAUGAAUUUCUUCGAUUGUAUCAUGAAAUUUAUUUGAGUUAUGAAAUUAAAAGUCAAUAUGAUGAUAGUAUUUGUGUAGCUAAAAAAUAUUUGGAAUUAAUUAUUAAAGAAUAUGGUUUAUAUAGUCAUGUGACUGCUAUAAAGAUGCUGGGAAUUUCUUCAGUCAUGUUACAGAAUAUGCAACACUUAGAUUCAGUUAAUUCGUCUAGAUUAAACUCAUUUGGUUUAGAGUCAUUACAAUUCUUAAAUGAAACAAAGCAACGAUUAAGUGUUUUUUAUGGACCAUGGAAUCCUCGUAUGAAAUUAAUAAAUCAGUAUUUAUCAAAAGCGAAUGCAUUAUGGGAUUCAUAUUUACGAUUUAAGAAUUAA